AUGAGCUGCGGCGGGGCGAGCAGCAUCCCCGGCCCCGGGGAGCCGCAGCGAGACCCCGCCGCCGCCCCCCUGGAGCUGCCGGUCGCGGAGGAGAGCGCGGGGCUGCGGCGGCUGCAGCCCCAGGAGAAGCCGGCGGCCGACGACCCCCCCGGGGCGGGGCAGAGCAGCGGCUCCGGCGGGACCCCGCCGGGCCCCUCCGAGGGGAGAAGGGGCGGCUCGGAGAGAGCCCGGGGGGAGGCGGGGGCCGUGGGCGGCGACAAACCCGAGACCCGCUCCGUGUGCGGCAGCGAUAGCGGCAGCGACAGCAACCCCGGCGGCGCCGGCCCCAUCUGCAAGAUCUGCUUCCAGGGCGCCGAGCAGGGUGAAUUGUUAAAUCCUUGCCGAUGUGAUGGGUCGGUACGGUACACACAUCAAUUGUGCCUCUUAAAGUGGAUCAGUGAAAGAGGGUCAUGGACCUGUGAGCUCUGCUGUUACAGAUACCAUGUUAUAGCAAUUAAAAUGAAAAAACCUUGCCAGUGGCAAAGCAUUACAAUAACACUGGUUGAGAAAGUGCAGAUGAUUGCUGUAAUCCUAGGAUCUCUGUUCUUAGUAGCAAGUGUGACUUGGCUUCUAUGGUCAGCCUUCAGCCCCUAUGCAGUAUGGCAAAGAAAGGACAUCCUUUUUCAAAUCUGCUAUGGAAUGUAUGGUUUUAUGGAUCUAGUGUGCAUAGGACUAAUUGUACAUGAAGGUGCAUCAGUUUACAGAGUGUUUAAGCGCUGGAGGGCUGUUAAUCUUCACUGGGAUGUAUUAAAUUAUGAUAAAGCUACAGACAUAGAAGAGAGCAAUCGAGGAGCAUCUUCACCGGGUAGGACAUUGUGGUUACCACUAACUGCAUUUAGAAACAGAAAUUUAAUUCAUCCAACACAGUUAACCUCUCCAAGAUUUCAGUGUGGCUAUGUAUUGCUGCAUCUGUUCAAUCGAAUGAGACCUCAUGAGGAUUCAUCAGAAGAUAACAGUUCUGGAGAGGUUGUGAUGAGAGUGACCUCAGUGUAA